AUGCCUGGCCACUCGUCGUUGUGGUGGUGGGGCGUGGCGGCAGCGUUGCAAGUGUUGCGUCGCUCCCCCGCCGAAGCGCUCGUAUGGACGACCACCGUGGCCGCUCUGGCACUCCGAGGUGCCGGGUGGUCCAGCAUCUCCGGAACUAGCUCAACUGAUGGAUCAUCCACCACCGCCCUCGCUCUGGCUAUCGCCCCCUUGGGCGUGCUGGCCUGGCAGACGGGCCUCCGUGGCGGCUUCCUGUGGCAGCUUGUCCCGCUGGUGCCCGUCAUCGCCGCCCCGCUGCUGCCCGCGGUGCUCAGCGCUGUGCCGUGGCCGAGCUCAGGGCCGGCGUGGUGGGCCGCCUGGGGCGUUGGGUGGCUCCUGGCCGCCGCCUCGCUGGCCGCCCUCCUCGCCUUCCCGCCCGUGCCCUUCCCACCUCGCACCGCCCCGCGGACCAGAGAUCUCGAUGCCGCAGCGAGUGGUGCCAGAUCUGCAGCUCGAUCUGCGAAGCUCUACGACGUGGGCUUCCGACACGGCGAAGAAGAUGAAGGAGAUGAACGGGGCAGGCGGGCCUUCUACGUGUGGUACCCGGCCGCCCGAGGCAGCCGCACCACCUCCCACAAGAGCCGAGGCGACAGCGGCACGUCGCACUACUUCCCGCAGUUCACAAGCCAGAUGGAGGCCAUGUUCGAGUCCAUGCAGUACCGCCUGCCCACGGCCCUCCUCUUUUCCCACCUCCGCUACGUCCACCCCAACACCCUGGCCGACGCCCCGCUCCUGCCCGCUCCCUGUGCGCCGUCGACGGAGGCUGCCGACGACGGAGGGCCGCGGUGGCCGGCGAUCGUCUUCAGCCACGGGCUCUACGGCUUCCCCUCGCUCUACACGCACCUCUGCUCCAGCCUGGCUUCCCUCGGCUACGUCGUGGUGGCUGUGGGACACACGGACGGGUCGGGGAGUAUCGUGUCGCCGGCUCGUGGCGAUAUCCUCACCGCCUUCGAGCCGCUGCCGACUUCACCGUCGGGCCAGGAGCUGGGCGGUCAUGACCUGUGGAAGUUCCGCAAUCGACAGCUCGACGUGCGGGUGGAUGACCUGGAGGCCUGCUUGGACACUCUGCACCGCUGGAACAGCGACACCGAAAGCCCCUUCUAUGGCACCGCGGUGGAUUUGGCGAAGGUGGCGGUGGCGGGCCACUCGUUCGGCGGCGGGACCAGCCUCGGGCUCGUGCUGCGCGAAGCCGAGUCGCGCAGCCUGGCCAGCUGCGGCAAGUCGGCCGCCGAGCGAAACACGAGCGUGCGCGGUGCGAUCCUCUUCGACGGCUGGAUGUUCCCGCUCAAGGGCAGCGAGGGCCCCGCGUUCGAUCGCGUCAUCCCCCCGCAGCGCUUCGAUGCCUCCGUCCCCGUCCUCUUCAUCAACGCCGAGAUGUGGCACGGCAGCGAGCCCUACUUCAUGUUGAAUAAGGAGCGCAUCGGACAGCUGUGCGAGCUCAGCAAGGGCCGGUGGCGCAGCUUCACGCUCAAGGGCACGGGCCACCACAACUGGAACGACUUUUGCUUCUACGCCCCGAUCGUCAGCCGGCUGGUGGGGCUGACGCGGGAGCGAGACUUGACCGAAGCACACGACGACACGAUGGCCCUCGUGGACGCCUUCCUCGCCGACGUGCUGACCGACGACCAGGACGCGACGAGCGACGAGCUGCCGCGGCUGCCGCGGCUCGACCGCGCCGUGUCCGCCAUCCUCCGCGAGAACCCGUCGCACGAAGACGCCGUCCUGGAAGUCGAUGCUGCACCUGGUCGUCAUCGUAACGAUUCCAUUGCUUCAAAGCAGCAACAAUAA